AUGCGCAUGAAAGGGGGUUCUGGGUGUUUGGGCUCUGGCAGUUCUGAUCAUUGCCUUAUAUUGUCAACGCCUAUUCUUGUCUUUAUGCAGGUUGAAGUUGUCAUUAGUUUACUUCCUCCUAGUUGCCACAAAAUCAUAGCAAAUGCAUGCAUUGAGCUUAAGAAACAUCUUAUCACUGCUAGUUAUGUGGAUGAUUCCAUGUCAGAGCUAGAUGAAGAGGCAAAAAGUGCUGGUAUUACAAUUCUUGGUGAGAUGGGCUUGGACCCUGGAAUAGAUCAUAUGAUGGCAAUGAAGAUAAUCAACCAAGCACAUGCCCAAAAGGGGAGGAUCAAAUCUUUUGUUUCGUAUUGCGGGGGUCUCCCAUCCCCAGCAGAUGCAAAUAACCCAUUAGCUUACAAAUUCAGUUGGAAUCCAGCAGGAGCUAUACGGGCUGGGAGAAAUCCGGCAACUUACAGAUAUCAUGGAGAAACCAUACAUGUUAACGGGGACUGUCUAUAUAACUCAGCCUCAAGACUUCGGAUACCUGAUCUUCUUGCUUUUGCAUUGGAGUGUCUUCCAAAUCGCAACUCGUUAGUUUAUGGGAACCUGUAUGGAAUAGGUCACGAAGCAACAACCAUUUUUCGUGGGACCCUCCGUUAUGAAGGUUUUGGUGAGAUAAUGGGGACGUUGGCAAGAAUAGGGUUCUUCAAUACUGAACCUCUUCCGAUUCUUAAAAAUAAGAAAAGGCCCACAUAUCAAACAUUCCUACUUGAACUUCUGCAAAUUGAAAGCAAGAACGUGUGUGAAUCCAUGAUGGGAGAAGUGAACAUCACAGAAAGGAUUGUUGCACUCGGACUUUGCAAAGAGAGAGGAACUGCAAUGAAGACGGCCAAAACGAUCAGAUUUUUGGGAUUUCAUGAGCGGAGAGAAAUACCUGUAUCCUGCCAAACUGCAUUUGAUGUUACCUGCCUCCUCAUGGAAGAAAGGUUAGCAUACUCGGGAACAGAGCAGGAUAUGGUGCUUUUACACCAUGAAGUGGAAGUAGAUUUCCUUGAUGGCCGAGCUAUGGAAAACCAUCGUGCUACUUUACUUGAAUUUGGGAGGACUGAGAAUGGGAAAAAAACCACUGCCAUGGCUCUUACUGUUGGGAUUCCAGCAGCCAUUGGAGCUCUGCUCUUACUUGCAAACAAGAUCAAAACACGUGGUGUCUUAAGGCCUAUUGAUCCAGAAGUUUAUUUGCCAGCACUGGAUAUAUUGAAGGCUUAUGGUUUCAAGAUGCUGGAGAAAAUUGAGUAA